AUUUAAUUGUUAUAAACAGCUAUMAAGGGGAUUUUGUCAAGGGAUUUACUAAUAUUGCUGUACAAUAUGGGACCGCGCUGUUCUGUUUUCCUGGUCAUCUGCCUGAUGAGCAUGUUGACGACAUUAAUGUGUUAUCCAACACCUGAUGACGGAUCAGGACAUGAUGCCCAGCAAAAAGGAAAGAUUCCAGGAACCCUAAAGCUAACAUCAACGAUACCAGUAGAAGCCGAUAACAGCCAGGGACUUUAUAUGCAUUCACAUCCUGGUUUUAAACGAUUUCUUGGAUCUCCACACAAGGCGAUGCAUUCGCAGUACAUGCAUUCAAUGUUCGGUCGUGGAAGAAAGAGAUCUCUUUCUGACAAAAUGAUGAAGAUUUUCAAAAUCAGGGACUAACCUAGUCCUACAGCUUGGAUGUCAGCAUGGAUCAGUAUGGACGACUGGACUUAUACAAUGACAAGAGCGGUUACAUGAAUUAGCCUUUUAUGAAUAUUUUGUAUUCAAACUGAAAAAAGUACAUAUUUUUAUAAAAAAAAAAUUAUUUGGCAUUAAAUCAYAUCUUAAAAAGGACCAAGGGUUACGAAGAUUUUAAGUGAUAGGUAUUAUAAUUAAAUUAAUAAAUCUGCAUKAAAAGAGUUGUUUAUAAAGUGA